ACUUGUACUUCUGUUCUGUUUCUAACCCUAACCAAACUAACAAAACAAUAUAGUGAACCACUGCAAUUAAGUAUUCAGCUCUAACCUUGGAAAAGUUUGAGUUGAAUGAAAGAGAAAACUUCUUGUCUAGUUUGGCUGUGCUGACAAGGCAGUUUUGAAACCCUCUUUUUUCUUUUGAGGUGAAACAAAUUGCAAGCCUUCAAGUUAUAAUGGCCAUUGAUUACAUAAGUUUUGCAUACGCCGCUUCAGUUGCUGCCGGUGGAAUCAUAGGAUAUGUCAAAGCAGGGAGUAUACCGUCACUGGGAGCUGGCUUGUUGUUUGGAAGUGUCUUAGGUUUUGGAGCUUACCAGACAUCCCAAAACCCCAACAACUACUAUACUCUAUUAGGUACCAGCACGGUGCUUGGUGGAGUGAUGGGUGCUAGGUUCUACAACUCUGGAAGGUUUAUGCCUGCAGGACUUAUCACAGUUCUUAGUGUAAUGAUGAUUUGCCGACUUGGAGUCAGGGCUCUGGGCCUUAACGCCAUGGACAAUUUCACACGAGACAAGUAAAUUACUACACUCAAGUCCAAGGUUUGUCUGGUCUCUCAGUAAAUGCAAUUCAGCAAAGAAAUAAAAGUGGGUAAUGGUAUAAGACUGAGAAUCCUCUGCCUGCUAUAAACUUGUUUUCAUAUUAAUGAAGUGAAGGAGACUUUAAACACCUAAGUUGUAUGAAAUACUGAGUGUUGCAAAUUAUCAUUGUUUAUGUAGUUUAUUGAUAAUGUUGAGUAGUCGAUAAUGUAGCAAACACUGUUAACCAGUAUUUGUACACCCUUCACAUGUUAAUUUAAAUCUGAAUUUAUAUUUUUUGUUGUAUGAGUUUAUGAAUUGAGCUUUAUUGCAAUAUAGUCUGCCAACAUUUGUAUUGUUCUAAUGUAUUCAUUUUUUUAUAAAGAUAAAUAAAACAAUUUGUACUAUC